CAGUGGGAGCUGGAGCCAUUUCCACCAUUCAAGCGUUGUUACUCGGACUGAGAGGAGCUGCUGCUGCUGCUGCUGCUGCUGCUGCUGCUGUUACCGGUGUGAGUGAGUGUGAGUGUGUGUGAGCAGCUCCAGGACAAGGUUACUGCGGGUUUUACCUCUUCAAACCAAACCGGAGUGACCAGGAGAAGAAGAAGAAGUGCUCCAGUGAGAGCAUGGCUCCUCUGCAACAACAACAAAGGGAAACUCACAGGCGGAAAGUUUAAAGGAGGAAUAUAUCCGGAGCUGAGCUGCAGAGAUUCUCCACUUCGGGAGAAUACACACAAACUGAGCAGCGAUGCACUUCUUCUUCUUUAAAUGGGAUUUGUUGUUGAUUUUCUGGUGGUGUGAACUGGUGUCGCUGGUGCAUUGUUACACCGUCCACAUGAGUGAGGAUGCUGGUCAGAGGACGGUGGUGGUGUCCGGUGGUGGUGGUGCUCAGCAGCAGGACGCACGGUGCGCUCUGGAUCAAAUCCUCGCUCCAAGAUUCACGGAGCGCUUCUUGGAGACGGACGCUGCAGCGGGCAUUGUGUUUGUUUCUGACUCCAUAAAGUGCGCCUCUCUGCUCUCCAACCCUUUCACUGUGUACACCGUGAAGGACUGCACUGACUCCAACUACAGGCACCUCCUCACCAGCCAGUACGACGUGCAUGUCCACGGUAGGAACUGUUCAAACAAGCCUAAAAGAAGAAAACCCCAGUGGGACAUGGAGGUGCUCAGUUUGUUUAACUCCCACAGCCACCACCACCACUACUACCAGUCAGAGUGCCACCAAGCAGGCUCUGCUUUAUUUGCAGUGGGGGGUCUUCUGCCUGGAGCUCCGAUCCGCUGCAAAGUCACCAAUAGCAGGGAUUUUUACUUCUCUGAGGGGGACUUGUUUGUGUCGGAGACGCUGUGCUGGAGGCAGGACACACUCCUGGAGAUGGACCUGCUCUGCGAUGUACUCACAGGAGAAGGACUGAGUGCUAAAGUUGAGCACAUCUCCAUCCACUGGCGUGUUGGGCAGGGCCCCUUCAGGCAGGGCCACCUGGGGAAGUUGUUAGAAAAGGCGGCUCAGUCUGAUUCAGGGAUUGUGAGCAGGAUGAGGAGGAGGAGGAGAAGUGUCAACAGCAGCCCCCAGUUUCAACCUCCCAUGUACCAAGUGUCUGUGCCGGAGAAUAAGCCGGCUGGGACUCCUGUUGUUGUUUUGAAAGCGGUGGAUGUGGAUGAAGGGGAGGCGGGCAGGCUGGAGUAUUUCAUAGAAGCUCUCUUUGAUAGCCGCUCCAACAACCUCUUUGCUGUGGACCCGGCCAACGGCGGGGUGUCCACAGUCGAGGUGCUGGACCGAGAGACAAAAGACACCCAUGUGUUCCGUGUGACCGCCGUCGACCACGGCACGCCCCGGCGUACAGCCAUGGCCACCCUUACUAUCACAGUCAGAGACACUAAUGAUCACAACCCCGUGUUUGAGCAGCAGGACUAUAAGGAAAGCAUCAGGGAGAAUCUAGAGAUAGGCUAUGAGGUGUUAACGGUGAGGGCCACAGAUGGGGACGCACCUGUUAAUGGUAACAUCCUCUACCGCAUCAUCAACAAUAAUGGCACCAAUGAUGUGUUUGAGAUUGACUCGAGGUCCGGUGUAAUCCGCACCAGAGGUCUGGUGGACCGAGAGGAGGUGGACGGCUAUAUGCUGUUAGUCGAGGCGAAUGAUCAAGGUCGUGACCCCGGGCCCCGCAGCGCCACCGCCACUGUUUACAUUGUGGUCGAGGAUGACAACGAUAACGCUCCCCAGUUCAGUGAGAAACGCUACGUGGUCCAAGUGCCAGAGGACAUGGCGCCCAACACGGAGAUCCUGCAGGUCACCGCCACGGAUCAGGACAGAGGGAGCAACGCCGUUGUCCACUUCAGCAUCAUGAGCGGGAACACCAGGGGACAGUUUUAUAUCGACGCUCAGACGGGUAACAUGGACCUGGUGAGUCACCUGGACUACGAGGCGAACAAAGAGUACACUCUGAGAAUCAGAGCUCAGGAUGGAGGACGCCCCCCGCUCUCCAACAUCAGCGGCCUGGUGACGGUGCAGGUGCUGGAUGUCAACGACAACGCCCCCAUUUUUGUCAGCACGCCAUUCCAGGCCACCGUGCUGGAGAACGUGCCACUGGGCUACUCCAUCAUCCACAUCCAGGCCGUGGACGCAGACUCUGGCGACAACUCCAGGCUGGCGUAUAGCCUCACUGAAACCACGCCAAACUUCCCCUUCAGCAUCAACAACAGCACGGGGUGGAUUGUAGUGGCGGCCGAGCUGGACAGGGAGAGUGUAGACUUUUACAACUUUGGAGUGGAGGCUCGAGAUCACGGCUACCCCAUCAUGUCCUCCUCAGCCAGCAUCAGCAUGACCAUUCUGGACGUCAACGACAACAACCCAGAGUUCACACAGAAGGGGUAUUACAUGCGACUGAACGAGGAUGCGGCUGUGGGGACCAGCGUGGUGACGGUGUCGGCUGUGGACCAGGACAUCAACAGCGUGGUGACCUACCAGAUAUCCAGUGGAAACACCCGCAACAGAUUCUCCAUCACGAGUCAGAGCGGAGGAGGCCUCAUCACACUGGCGCUGCCUUUAGACUACAAGCUAGAACGCCAGUACGCCCUCACCGUCACCGCCAGUGACGGCACACGCCUUGACACCGCUAAAGUGUUUGUUAACGUCACCGACGCCAACACACAUCGUCCUGUGUUUCAGAGCUCACAUUACACCGUCAACAUCAACGAGGACAGGCCCGUCAGCACCACAGUUGUGGUGAUAAGUGCCACAGAUGAAGACACGGGUGAGAACGCACGCAUCACCUAUUUUAUGGACGACAGCAUCCCUCAGUUUGACAUCGACGCCGACACGGGAGCAGUCACCACACAGAUGGAGCUGGACUAUGAGGACCAGGUCUCCUAUACGCUCGCCAUCACAGCUCGGGAUAACGGGAUCCCGCAGAAGUCUGACACCACCUACCUGGAGAUACUGGUCAGUGACGUCAACGACAACUCCCCCCGCUUCCUCAGAGACCACUACGUGGGCUCCGUCAUGGAGGACGUGCCAGUGUUCACCAGCGUGGUCCAGGUUUCUGCCACUGAUAGAGACUCUGGGCUCAAUGGCCGCGUCUUCUACACCUUCCAGGGCGGGGAGGACGGCGAUGGAGACUUCAUAAUCGAAUCCACCUCCGGCAUUGUUCGCACGCUGCGUAGAUUAGACAGAGAAAAUGUGCCUGUUUACAGCCUGCAGGCGUUCGCUGUAGAUAAAGGUGUUCCUGCUCUGAAAACACCAGUUAACCUCCAAGUGACCAUCCUGGAUGUGAAUGACAACCCCCCUGUGUUUGAGAAAGAUGAGUUUGACAUCAUGGUGGAGGAGAACAGCCCCGUAGGCGUCGUGGUUGCACACAUAUUAGCCACAGAUCCAGAUGAAGGCAGUAAUGCACAGAUCAUGUACCAGAUAGUGGAGGGAAACAUCCCAGAGGUGUUCCAGCUGGACAUCUUCUCUGGAGAACUGACAGCAUUAAUAGACCUGGACUACGAGACCUUAUCUGAGUAUGUGAUUGUGGUCCAGGCCACCUCCGCCCCUCUGGUCAGCCGCGCAACAAUCCACAUCAAACUCGUGGACAAGAACGACAACGUGCCCGUUCUCAAAAACUUCCAGAUCAUCUUCAACAACUAUGUGACUGACAAAUCGAGCAGCUUCCCCACCGGAGUGAUCGGACGCAUCCCAGCACACGACCCCGACGUCUCGGAUCAGCUCCACUACAGCUUCGAGGUGGGAAACGAGCUGAACUUGGUCCUCCUGAACCAAAGCACAGGGGAGAUCCAGCUGAGCCAGGCCCUGGAUAACAACCGGCCCCUGGAGGCCUCCAUGAGGAUCUCAGUGUCAGAUGGUGUCCACUCAGUGUCGGCCCAGUGUCUUCUCCAAGUCACCAUCAUCACGGAUGAAAUGCUGUCCAACAGUAUCACGCUAAGGCUGGCCAACACCUCCCAGGAGCACUUCCUGUCCCUGCUGCUCGCCCAGUUCCUAGACGGUGUGGCCCGCGUCCUGUCUGCCGCACCCGAAGACGUCGUGAUCUUUAACAUCCAAGACGACACGGACGUCAGCGCUCGCAUCCUCAACGUCAGCCUGUCUGUGGCAGUGCCAGUGUUGGGGGAGGGACCCCAGCGGCCCGGAGGACUCGGCCACGGAGGGGACAGGCCUGGGAGAGGGCUCGAAAGUGGAGGUGGAGGAGAGUUUUUCGGCUCGGAGGAACUCCAGGAGAGGCUGUACUUGAACCGCAGCCUCCUCGCUAAGAUCUCCUCUCAGGAAGUUCUCCCCUUUGAUGACAACAUCUGCCUUCGUGAGCCGUGUGAGAACUACAUGAAGUGUGUGUCCGUUCUGAAGUUUGACAGUCUGGCGCCGUUCGUUGCAUCAGAUACCAUCCUGUUCAGACCCAUCCACCCCAUCGCCGGGCUGCGCUGCCGCUGUCCCACCGGCUUCACAGGAGACUACUGCGAGACGGAGAUCGACCUCUGCUACUCGAAACCCUGCGGAGCUCACGGUGUGUGUCGCAGCCGAGAGGGAGGCUACACCUGCGAGUGCUUGGAGGACUACACAGGAGAGCGCUGCGAGCUGUCGUCCCGCUCGGGCCGCUGUGCUCCGGGAGUCUGCAAGAACGGCGGCUCCUGUGUCAACCUCCUGGUCGGCGGGUUCAAGUGUGAGUGUCCGCCGGGCGGCUACGAGAAGCCCUACUGUGAGAUGACCACACGCAACUUCCCCCCGCACUCCUUCCUGACCUUCAAGGGCCUCCGCCAGCGCUUUCACUUCACCCUCUCUCUCACAUUUGCUACCAAAGAGCCCGACGGGUUGUUACUCUAUAACGGCCGCUUCAAUGAGAAACACGACUUCCUCGCCAUGGAAAUCAUCAAUGAGCAGAUACAGCUCACCUUCUCUGCAGGUGAGACCAAAACGACAGUUUCACCGUACAUCCUCGGAGGAGUCAGUGACGGCCAGUGGCACGUGGUGGAUAUUCACUACUACAACAAGCCGAUCCUAAACCCGGCCGGCCUGCCGCAGGGCCCCUCGGACCAGAAGGUCGUUGUAGUGACGGUGGACAACUGCGACGCCUCCGUGGCCCUCCGGUUCGGUCACAUGAUCGGAAACUACACCUGCUCUGCUCAGGGCAGCCAAUCAGGAUCCAAAAAAUCAUUAGACCUGACCGGCCCCCUGCUCCUCGGAGGGGUCCCCAAACUCCCAGAGGACUUUCCUGUUCGCAACCGGGAGUUUGUGGGCUGCAUGAAGAACCUGCGUAUCGACAACCAGCACGUAGACAUGGCCAGCUUCAUCGCCAACAACGGCACUCUGCCAGGAUGCUCCGCCAAAAGACACUUCUGCAACAACAACCCGUGUCUGAACGGAGGGACCUGUGUGAACCUGUGGGGCUCUUUCAGUUGCGAUUGUCUGCUCGGAUUUGGAGGACAAAACUGCGAAAGAGUGAUGUCCAGCCCGCAGCGUUUCCUGGGUAACAGUCUGUUGCAGUGGAACAACAUGGCAGCGACGGCGGCCUCCGUCCCCUGGCAUGUAGAGCUCAUGUUCCGCACACGUCAGGCUGGCGCUACGCUGCUGCACAUCUCCGCCGGCCAGCAGCACAACCUCACACUGCAGCUGCGCGGCGGGAGCGUGAUGAUGGGCCUGCACAGAGGAGAAGACUCAACACUCUCCCGCGUGGAGGAGGUGCUGGUGAACGACGGGGACUGGCAUCAUUUGCAGCUGGAUAUCAGCAGUUUGGGGGGAGCAACGAGCCACCACAAAGCAGUGCUGUCUUUAGAUCAGGGGCUCUACCUGGCCAGUAUGGAGGUGGACGGGAAGCUGCAAGAGUCCAAGCUGAAGGCUGUGAGCGUUGGUGGUGUGGCAAGGCCUGAUGGGAAAGUUCAGCAUGGCUUCCGUGGCUGUAUACAGGGUCUGCGCGUGGGCGGGGCUCUGAGUCUGUCCCAGGCGAGGAAGGUGAACGUGGAGCCGGGCUGCAGCGUGCCCGACCCCUGCAGCUCCAGCCCCUGUCCCGUCAGCAGCUACUGCAGCGACGACUGGGACAGCUACUCCUGCACCUGCCUCGCCGGCUACUAUGGCAACAACUGCAGUGAUGUCUGCUCAUUAAACCCCUGUGAGCACGAGUCAAAAUGCACCAGGAAGCCGAGCUCCUCUCGAGGUUACACCUGUGACUGUCCCAGCAACUACUUCGGCCAUUACUGCGAGAAAAAGACCGACUUGCCGUGUCCCAGAGGCUGGUGGGGUCACAAGACCUGCGGCCCCUGUAACUGUCAGACAGACAAGGGCUUCGACUCCGACUGCAACAAGACGAGCGGAGAGUGUCGGUGCAAGGACAACCACUACCGCCCUGAAGGCAGCGACACCUGCCUGCUGUGCGACUGCUACCCGGUCGGCUCUUUCUCCAGAGCGUGUGACCGAGAGAGCGGCCAGUGUCAGUGUAAACCCGGUGUCAUCGGACGCCAGUGUGACCACUGUGACAACCCCUUCGCUGAGGUCUCUCCUAACGGCUGCGAAGUAAUCUAUGACAGCUGCCCUCAGGCCAUCGAGGCUGGGAUCUGGUGGCCCAGGACUAAGUUUGGUCUCCCUGCAGCGGUUCACUGUCCCAAGGGAACGCUCGGCACAGCGAUCCGCCACUGUGAUGAGCACAAGGGCUGGCUGCCUCCCAAUCUCUUCAACUGCACCUCUGUUACCUUCAGCAAACUGAAAGCCCUGUCUGAAAAGUUUUCCCGUAACGCAUCGCUCCUUGACUCCGGACACGUUCAGCAGACGGCAGCAAUGUUGGCCAACGCCACCUUGCACACGGAGAAGUACUACGGCAGCGAUGUGAAAGUAGCGUAUCGGCUCACACAGAGUCUGCUGCAGCACGAGAGCAGCCAGCAGGGCUUCAACCUCACAGCUACACAGGACGUCCACUUCACCGAGAAUCUGGUCCGUGUGGGCAGCGCCAUCCUGUCUCCAGACACAAGGACGCACUGGGAGCUGAUCCAGCACUCGGAGGGCGGCACUGCGGCGCUGCUGCGCCACUACGAGGAAUACGCAAACACACUGGCACGGAACAUGAGGAAGACCUACCUCAGCCCUUUCACCAUCGUCACACCACACAUAGUCAUCUCUGUGGAUCGUCUGAAGAAGAUGAAUUUUGCCGGAGCCAAACUCCCGCGGUAUCAGUCCCUGAGGGGCCCUCGUCCUGCGGACCUGGAGACGGCUGUCACGCUGCCCGAUUCGGUCUUCCAACCAGCUGUGGACACUAAGGGCCACAGACACCUGGACGUCUUCCCAGAGUCCACUCUGAGGAACCGCUCGGCCAACAGGAAGAGACGCCACCCUGAGGACAACCAGCAGGACGCCAUCGCCAGUGUGAUCAUCUUCCACAGCCUGGCCGCGCUGUUACCAGAGAGCUAUGAUCCGGACAAGAGAAGUCUGCGGGUGCCAAAACGUCCGGUCAUCAACACACCGGUGGUCAGCAUCACCAUCCAUGACAACGACGAGCUGCUGCAGCACACGCUUGACAAACCCAUCACUGUGCAGUUCCGUCUGGUCGCCACCGAGGAGCGCUCCAAACCCAUCUGUGUCUUCUGGAACCACACCAUCCUUUCCGGACACGGCGGCUGGUCAGCAAAGGGCUGCGAGGUGGUUUUCAGAAACAGCACCCACAUCAGUUGUCAGUGUUAUCACAUGACCAGCUUCGCUGUGCUCAUGGACAUCUCCAGGAGAGAGAACGGAGAGAUUCUGCCAAUCAAAAUCCUGACGUGGAGUACAGUGGGAGUGACGAUGGGCUUCCUCUUCCUCACCACCAUCUUCCUCCUCUGUCUGAGAGCCAUGCAGUGCAACAAGACGAGUAUAAUCAACAAUGGAGGUGUAGCUCUCUUCCUCUCCGAGCUCAUCUUCAUCCUGGGCAUCAACCAGGCAGACAACCCGUUUGUGUGCACCGUCAUCGCCAUCCUGCUGCACUUCUUCUACCUCUGCACUUUCUCCUGGCUCUUCCUGGAGGGGCUGCACGUCUACCGCAUGAUCAGCGAAGUGCGAGACAUCAACUAUGGACCCAUGAGAUUCUACUACCUGAUUGGCUGGGGAGUGCCGGCCUUCAUUACAGGUCUGGCGGUGGGUCUGGACCCCGAAGGCUACGGGAACCCAGACUUCUGUUGGCUGUCGAUGUACGACACUCUCAUCUGGAGCUUUGCCGGACCCAUCGCUUUGGUGGUGUCGAUGAACGUCUUCCUGUACAUCCUGUCGUCCAGAGCCUCCUGCUCACUGAGACACCACAGCAUUGAGAAGAAAGAGCCCCGUGUCUCAGGCCUGAAGACCGCAGGUUGCGUUCUCCUCCUGGUUUCAGUCACGUGUUUCCUGGCGCUCCUCUCCGUCAACAGCGACAUGAUCAUCUUCCACUACCUGUUCGCUGGGUUCAACUGUGUGCAGGGUCCCUUUGUUUUUUUCUUCCGCAUUGUCUUCAAUAAGGAAGCGAGGAAUGCCAUGAAAUAUUGCUGCAGCCGCAAGCGCCCGGAUCAUAUGAUCAAAUCCAAGGCCUCGGGCUACAAAUGCAACACAAACUACAUGGACGGCAGGUUGUACCACCUUCCCUUCGGAGACUCCAGUGUUUCUCUGAACGGCACCAUGCAGAGCGGCAAGAGCCAGCAGAGCUAUGUGCCGUUUGUCCUCCGGGACGAUGGGUUGAGUAACAGUCAGGCGCACAUCGCUCUGAAUGACCAUGCGUCGCUCUUCCAUGAAACUAAAGAACACCCGGAUGAUCGUGACAGCGACUCGGACAGCGAUCUGUCUCUAGAGGACGACCAGAGCGGCUCCUACGCCUCCACACACUCCUCUGACAGCGAGGACGAGGAAGGGCCACUCCCCCCAGAGGAAUGCUGGGAAAACAUGGCGUCUAAUGGGGCCAAGAGACCACAACCAAACGACAACAGUUUGAGUAAAAUGUACUGGCCUGGAGAUUACGCUGCUGCACUGGAUGACAGCGAGCUCACAGGUACAGACAGGAUGAAGCAAGACAGUCUGUCCAAUCUAGAGCCGAGUCUCGCCCUUGACACCCGGACGUUAACCAAUGACCGGACACAGGAUGCCAUGACGGUGCUGCUACCCAGUCUGCCAAACAUCUACGCCCACCCUCACAAAGGGAUCCUAAAGAAGAAGCAACUCUCUCCUAUUGUAGAGAGGAAUGGUCUCCACCGCAUCCACAAUGAACUUUGUGAACACACACCUGGCACGGCGUCUCCGCAGGGAUCCUCCUCAAGUGACUGUCGAGCCGGCCCGGCUAAAUCCGGCCUGCCUAAAUCCGGCCUGCCUAAAUCCGGCCUGCCAGAUCAGCUGAACGGUGUCGCCAUGAGCAUCAAGGCGGGGACGGUGGACGGCGACUCGUCAGGAUCAGACAGCCACUGCAACACCACCAUGUGACCGCGCUGACGGAGGGGUGUGUCUUUGCAGGUCAUAGAGCCUCCUUCCUCCUCAACACUGACUGCAAACAGGGAGCAGCGGACUUCUCCUUAAUAAAAACAAAACAAAAAGUGGAAAAAGAAGGAAUUCCCCCUCGUCAUCGUGAUCCUCUGAAGGAGUGAGUGUGUAUGUGUGUGCGUGUGUGUGUGUGCGCGUGUGUGUGUGUGUGUGUGAGUUCAUACAUGUGUGCCAAACCUCAGGAGUCACUGCACUGGCCCGGGCUCACGCACACUGACAGAACGAGUCUCACUCUCCCUUUAAAGAAAUAAUUUUGUUUACAUACUUGAAGCAAUGCACUUUUUUUUACCGCCCAGAUUUGUUGGCGGUUGAUUCUUUUAUUUUAUUUUUUCGUUCUAGGAUAUAUAUGUUGUUUUGAAGACUGUGGAACAAUAAAGAGGUCAUGUUUUUGGGGGGGGGUGGUUGGGGUCAUUUGGUCGUAGACUAGCAAACAUUCAGGGAAAUUCCUUUUUCAUGCAUUAACUACUUUGUGACGUCUUCCUGGUUUGCCUGCUUAUGUUACUGUCGGAGCUGUCGGUGUUUGUGCCAGUCUGAGUUUGUCUGAGGAGUUCAGACUCAGGUUAUCGAGUUACGUUACACGCCUCAAAUGUCCAAGAGGCACAGCACGGUCGAGUGCAGGCUCUUGGUGGUUUUCUGAACUUGAAAACAAGGAGGAAAAAAAGUCUCUGCCUGUUAAUGGAUGCUCCCUAUAAGCUAUUUCUCAGUAAUGAAAGAUGUUUCCAGAGGCAACAGCUGUUUACAGCUGCACAGACUGACGGCCUUCUCAGCCCUAGAGGGGCUAAACCUGCAUGUGCAGACCUAAAAAGGACUUAAAGGACUUUUGAUACAUCUUUUUUUUUUUUGUAAAUCACAGAGAGCACAUUUUUUAUGGACGCUAAAAGCGCUCUCACUUUUUCAUCGUUUUAUCUGGAGGGAUGAACGCAUUCAUUCGAGUUCAGUGACUAAACCGCUGUAUUUUAUAGAUUAGCUACGGAGCUUUUGUCAUUUGUAAAAUAAUGCGAAAUUGUGCUGUAAUACUAUUUGAGCUGUAAUCCAUUUUUACUGUACAGAGUGAAACUGUAAAUGAAUCGAGGACAUAUCUUUAAAUGUAAAGUAAAUAUGUAAAACGUCCUUCCAACACUCAGAACCUGUUUUUAGGAAUCCCUCUUGAUCCUCGGGAGGAAAUAUCUUUUAUCUUAGUUACUACUUUCAGUCAAAUUGAUGUGAUAUUUGUGGAUGCCAUUUUACCAACCAUAUGAAUUUAAUGUAUAGAUGUCAUGCCAUAAGAAACAACACUACCAGGUCAAUCAUAUCAACUCUGGUAUCACAUCAGAGAACUGUCUCUUUUACUCUGCCACUUCCUGUUUUUACUGAUUAAACUGUUUUCUACCAUU